GCCCCGCCCACUUUGAAACGUCUAGCUGUGGCCAUUUUACACUUGGUUCUGUAGAAAAUAAUCACACUUGGCUCCUCUGGAGAAAAUCAAACACCGGGUUAACCUCGGCUUCAACGUGACAUUUAAAGGCCUGUUGUUGGUUACAUUCGGCAGCGGAUAUCUAAUGCUGUAUCAAGAAUAAGGGACAGAGGCCAGGAGCAGAGUCCGUGAAUCAGCAUGGACUAUGAGCGAAGCAGGGUUGGGCGAGGAGAUCGCACAGGACGCUAUGGCAACACUUUCAACGAUCACAACUUCCGGGACAUGGACUAUCGAGGUUACGGCCAAGAGGAUGAUGAGACAAUAACAGGAUAUGAUGUUGGAGCAGAUGAGGAUGGCCAAUACAUUCAGGAGGAGCAAUCACUGGGUGUUCACGACUUUUCUCCAGGUUGCCCCCAAGGCCGUGCGGCAUUUCACCAGAGAGGCGAAGGCCGAGGGGACAUCAGGCGAGAUGGGAAGGGGCUCCAGUGGCCUCCUUGCCCUCAGUCUCUGCCUGAUCAAGCCCUUCCUUUGCUUCAAAGAGAGGAGGAGGGAUGCAGGCGGGAGUUUGAGCAGUCACGCACCGGCCUACAGGAAAGAGGCCGGGGGAAAGGUGGAAGAGGCUUUUCUGAGAACAGUGCCUCUCCUUUGGGGAGCAGGGAUGGCACCUGGGGACGUGGAGAACAGAUGGAAUACAAUGCAGCAAGACAGAGGGAGGAGGAUCGGUUCUCUCGCGGGGCAGUGAAGAGACGACCUUUUUCAGCGGGGGCAGAGGAGCACAGUUGUGGGAGUGCUGAACUAGACAUGUCUCUGGAAGAGUUGGAUCAAAAGGACCAGGACUACCGUGCAGAUCUGGACCACAACCAGAGGCCAAGCAACAUCAUAAUGCUCCGCAUGCUGCCACCCAACGCCACCGCCAAUGAGAUUCGAGCACAACUUCAAGAACAGGGGAUCCAGCCAAGAGAAGUCCGCCUAAUGAGGAACAAAUCUUCAGGUCAGAGCCGAGGAUUCGCCUUCGUCGAGUUUAAUGUCAUACAGGAGGCCACCCGCUGGAUGGAGACCAACCAGGGAGUGCUGUUGAUUCUGGGACAAAGAGUGUCAAUGCACUACAGCGACCCAAAACCGCGUGCCAAUGAGGACUGGCUCUGCAAUAAGUGUGGGGUGCAAAACUUUAAGAGGAGAGAGAAGUGCUUCAAAUGCAGUGUGCCUAAAUCAGAGGCUGAGCUUAAGUUGCCCCAGCUUCAAAGGGAUUUACCCAUCAGUCUUCAAAAAGAGGGAUCCCAGGGCUUAUUGCCGUUGCCCGUACCCUACCACUCCUCUGGACCCACUGUCAACCCAGGACAGGCUACACCGCAGGCAGAUGUUGCCAAUGACACUCUGAUACUUAGAAACCUGGGUCCACAUACAUCAUUGGAUGUCAUCUUAUCUGCUUUGGCUCCAUUUGCUACCCUCUCCCCUUCCAAUGUUCGCCUAAUCAAGGACAAGCACACGCAUCUCAACAGGGGCUUUGCCUUUCUACAGCUCUCUACCAUUGUGGAGGCUUCUCAGCUGCUCCAGAUCUUGCAGGCUCUUCAGCCAGCUCUCUCUAUUGAUGGGAAGACUAUCGUGGUGGAGUUUGCCAAAGGCUCCAAACGUGACGUGUUCUUGACGGAUGGCAGCAGAGUAAGUGCUGCCACGGUAGCCAGCACAGCCAUAGCUGCUGCACAGUGGGCUGUAACACAGACAUCGCAGAAUGGAUCAGGUGGAGGCCAGACUGUAGAUACAGCAGUGUAUCAGCAGGGGGCAGCAGUAACGUACAAUCAGGAGGGAAAUGAAUACACUGGGCUGGAUGGCACAGGUUUCAAAACCACGACAGAUGUCAGAAUUGCUGCUUUGCCCAGUUCAGGAGGAGCCCUGAUGGGGGCAUACACAGGAGGAGCAGCAACAGCUGCCAUUUCAGCUGAUGCAGUUACAUCGAGAUCAGGGCAGCCCCUCACCAAAUCCCAGACUGCUCUCAUAACCACAACAACCACCACGCCAGUCUCACAGGUUGAGAUAGUGGGAAAACCACAACCAGCUGCUCCCAGCCAACCUGCUACCCCGGGCACAGAACAUGAGCUCCAGCAAUAUCCUGUUCCAGAUGUGUCUACAUAUCAGUAUGAUGAAAGCUCUGCGUACUAUUACGACCCACUCACAGGUCUCUACUAUGACCCAACCUCCCAGUACUACUACAACCCUCACACUCAGCAGUACAUGUACUGGGAUGGAGAGAAGCACACCUACAUUCCUGCUGCUGCUGGACAAUCAAACAGUGAGGGUGCUGCUGCUGGCGUUGGUGCAGCACCUUCAGACUCACCUUUUGCUUCCCCUGGCAGCAAGGAGAAAAAAGACAAACCCAGAAAUAAAACUGCUCAACAGAUUGCCAAAGAUAUGGAGCGCUGGGCUAAGAGUCUAAACAGACAGAAAGAGAACAUGCGCUCUGUCUCUUCUUCCCCUGCUGUGGGCUCCACUGCCUUACCACAUGGCUUCACCAGGACACCUGGCCAUGGUCGCUUGGAUGACCGAAGAGAAUCUGCGAGUGCUGAUGCAGGUUAUGCUGUUCUGGAGAAAAAGGGGGCACUGUCUGAGCGGCCUCAGAUCUUCCUGGACCAGAUUAGACACAGUACAGAACACUCCCCACCUCCGCCGCAGGGUCUGGUCCCAGCCUACAGUGGUGAAACGGACAGUGAAGAUGAAGGUGGCGACAAAGACGAGAAGGAAGGGAGAAUGACAGACUGGGUUAAACUAGCCUGUUUGCUGUGUAGGCGCCAGUUCCCCAGCAAGGAGGCCCUCAUCAGGCAUCAGCAGCUUUCUGAGCUACACAAGCAAAACUUGGAGCAGAGGAGAGUUCAGCAGGAAGUUACAGGCAAAGAGAGACUCACAGAUGGACCUGAGCCCCCAGAUCCUAAGAGGAGGAAGUUCAGCCCCAUUGAUGGGAUCAGUGGUACUAGUCUCGGUGCCAGGAUGCUACAGGGAGGUGUGAAGAAGGGGCUUCUUUUGCGCAAUAUGCAAGUGGAGUGAGCUUCCUCCUGAGAUCCAAACUUCCUGACCCGGACAGGACAACGACAAAACCUAGCACGCAAAACUUCACCAUUAACAUCAUCUAGAUAUCUAUCGAUAAAUCUCUUUGUUUGGUCUGUCAUCACAAUUACCUCGAAGGUGGUAAUACACUCAUAAGAACUGAUCCUGUAGCUGUUGGUUACAGGAUAUUGCACAGAAUGCACUUUUUUGCUUUCUUUCUUAAUGAUGCAGUCUUGAGUUUGGACUUGCUUCAGAGCUUGUAUGUGAUAAACAAGCCUAAUGUGGUUGGAAAACAUUUGCUUUGGGAAAAAGAAAGAUCAGUAUUGAUCUUUCAUGCAGCAAAUGGGAUUUUCUAAUAUUACUGUCUAUGCACCAUAGAUUUUCAUAAUUUUAAAGCUUUGUGCCGUGUCAUUCAGUGAAUGACUUCUCUGGGCAUGAACUGUGUAAACAUUAUAGAAGAGACUUUGCCCUAAUGAACUGAACAAGGCAGCACUAACACUAGUGUGUAGAUGAAAAUGUGUCAUCUUGCAGGUGUGUACUGGCAUUGUAAACUAUCAUUAUCUCUGCAGACUUUUUUUUUUCCUUUUAAUUGAUCAACAAUGUGACUGUGUUUAAUUAAGCUCAUGUAAAUUAAUUCAGAAUAACAUUUUUUCAUCAAUAUUAA